AUGGAGCGUCGAUGGCGGCGGAAUGGUCUGGCGGUAGGCUUGCUGGUAGUGGUGUCUCAAAUAAACUGGGCUUCGGUGCCGCCGGCAGUGCCGCGGCGCUCCGCAGCUGUGACGGCCGUGCUGGCUGGGCAUAUCCUUGGAAGUUCAAGAAGUGCUCGGGCAGAUGGCCCGAUUGAAGACUUGCAGAAGAGGUUGGACAAAUUUUCCGAUGAGCUCGAUGCAAUGGCUGAUCAAUACAACCC